AUGGUGAAAAUCGAAACAUCAUCGAAAUCUAAUAAGGAAAAUAUAAAUUCAAAUGCGAAUCAUUCUAUUCAAUAUUGUGAACAUGGAACAAAUCGUCGAAUUGAAUUAUAUCUUCACUUCAUUUAUAAACAUAAAUUAAAGAAAGUUUGUGCUCAACGUUUGGUACGAGCUUUUGCCGAUCAUAAAGAUUCGAGAAUAAUAAAAUUAUUUGAUGAAAAUGAAGAUGUUAUUGAUCAUUUUUAUAAAAUUCCAUGUCCUUUUUAUCAACGAAUUAAAUCAUUAAAAUAUAAUGGACAAAAUCUAACCAUUUCACCAUGUCAACGUCGUUAUGUUGCAUUUUAUAGAUUAGCACGUCAUUUACGACUUAAUCAUAAGAUAUCGAAUUCAUUGACACAAAAAUUAGUUAAUCAUUUUAAAAAAACAUCGAACAAAAAAUGA